GCGGAAAAUGCGUUCCCUGCUCAUACACGAGCAUAUUAAAAAUGUCGUAAAACACCAAAACGAGAUUGUUCUUCAAAUGCAGCUUUAACACAGAAACGAAACGUGCUCAACAUAUUUUUAGAUUCACUAAAACUAUGGCUAGAGGGUUUAUUGACUGUCACUGUCACAUUUCAGCGAGUGAGUUUACCACGGACACUGAUGAUGUACUUCUGAGAGCUAAAAAGGCUGGAGUGAAAGCUCUUGUUGCAGUGACAGAGGGAGCCAGUGAGUUUGAGAAAGUUAUUCAGUUGUCAAAAACUUAUCCAGGUUUUGUGUUCCCUUGUUUUGGCAUCCAUCCCCUUCAAGGAUCAGGGCAAGAUUUGCACAGUGACCUGGAUCCAUUCCUUUAUUUGUUUCAGACGUACAAGGAUGAUAUUGUUGCAAUUGGAGAGAUUGGUCUUGACUUUACCCCAUGGUACUCAAGCACUACUCAAGAGCGAGAUGAACAAAUGAAAGUCUUUAUAAAACAACUUGAAAUAUCCAAAGAACUGGAUUUGCCUGUGAAUGUACAUUCCCGCUCAUCAGCUAAGGUCACCAUAGCCACAAUGAAAGAACUAGGGAUAAGACAAGCUUUAUUGCAUAAUUUUGCUGGGAAGCCAUCGGUUGCAAUGGAAGGGGUUCAGGCUGGAUUCUGCUUCUCUUUUCCACCUGCUGUCAGCAAAAACGAACAGAGAGCAAAAUUAAUCAGACAGAUUCCACUGGAGCACGUUUGCCUUGAGACAGACUCUCCAGCCUUGGGACUUGACAAACAUGGAAGAAAUGAGCCCAGCAAUGUUAGAAUCACAUGUGAAUACAUUGCAAAGGUUAAAGGAAUAUCAUCAGAUGUAGUUAUGGAAGUCACAACUCAAAAUGCCCUUCGAUUAUUUUCCAAAUUAAAAAUCUAACUUUAUCCCACUUUCAUUUAAACUGGGUAUUUUUAUGCGAAGGUGAGCACCUGUUAUGUAUUUUACACAUUGAAAAUGAACUGAUCAGUAUGAAACUCUUCAAUAUUUGAUCAAUAAGAAAGUGUUUAAUCUUUGAAAA